CCACCUUUAAAAUUUUGGGAAAGUUUUGACACAUUUUAGAAACAACUUUAGUUACAAUUCCUCAUCUCAAUGGCUUCAACUGCCACUCUUGACUUUACGUUCUUCCCGUCCACAAAUUAGCUUCAGAAACUUUGCAACUUAAUGGAGCCUUUUAAAGGGAUAGCAGCUGAAAUUGGAAGACAAUUAAAAGAGAAAUGAAGGGGUUUUGGUAAAUGUGAUAGUAGGCAACUGGGGUUUUGAUUAGGUGCAAAAGAUGAAGUGGGUAUUGGUGAUUUUGAUUUUAAUUGUUUGUUCAAUCUUUGUUACAACUAAUGCAAUGGAGUGUCCUGUGGAUCUAGAAUAUAUUGUAAAGCUGCCAUGGAAUACUUCACUAUGCCAUGGAAAUAGUUCAGGAAAUGAUCCAAGAACAAGUUGUUGUCAGACACUUUUGAGUUUAAUGGGUAUAGCCCUUGCUCAUAAUCUCAAACAGACUUCCCUCUUUGGAUUUCGAGAUAAUCAGACUUCGUUAUCGUGCCUCUCAGAGUUCCAAUCCAAACUUGAUUCUAUGUCGUCUCUUUCCCCAAAUUUGACCUCUACAUGUUUUGAUCCUGCACAAUUUGUGAUCACUCCUGAUGUUUGUGCUGGCAUUGUUUCCACCCGAAAUUGGACUGAUGAACUUGGAAGUAAUAAUUCUUUAGAUCAAGCCUGUCAAUCUGACCUCUCCGAUCUCACAGCCUGUGACACCUGCUAUACUGCUGGUACAAGAAUCCAGAAUCAGUUAAUUUCAAUUGACGGGAACACUUCACAUGCUCGAAGUUGCUUUUACUUCACCAUUCUAUAUGUUGCUGGUAUAAUCAAUAAAUUUGGCCCAGAAAAUGUUGGAACAACUUCAUGUGUCUUUCAACUUCAAUUAAUUCCAACUACUGGGUCUCACAAUGAAAGCCAUUUGAAGCUGCACCUGGGAUUAAUAGGUGGCGCUGCAGCGGUGUUUAUAGUAGUUUGCUUCUUAGGUUUGUACUUUUGGUAUUACAAGAGACAACAAAACAAGAGAAAUAGAAUGGAAUUUGAUGCAAGUCAAGGGAGUAGGCCUAGAAUGCGGCCUAACACUGGUGCAAUAUGGUUUAAAAUUGAAGACCUUGAGAGGGCAACUAACAACUUCUCACAGAAGAAUUUUAUUGGUCGUGGUGGUUUUGGAAUGGUUUACAAGGGAACAUUACCAGACGGUACAGUAGUUGCGGUCAAGAGGAUUACUGAACCCAACUUUGAAAGGGAUUCUGAUUUUCAAAAUGAGGUUGAGAUAAUUAGCAACCUAAGGCAUCGGAAUUUAGUACCACUUAAGGGAUGUUGCAUGGUUGAUGAUGAUUAUGGAGGGAAACAGAGAUACCUUAUUUAUGAAUACAUGGUGAAUGGUAAUCUGGAUGACCAUCUCUUUUGGGGUUCUGCAAACCAAAGUGGGGCACUUAGAAAAACAUUAACAUGGCCCCAAAGGAAGUGUAUAAUAUUGGAUGUGGCAAAAGGGCUAGCUUAUCUCCAUCAUGGAAUAAAACCUGCAAUAUAUCAUCGGGAUAUAAAAGCUACAAACAUUCUUUUAGAUUCAGAAAUGAGAGCAAGGGUGGCUGAUUUUGGGUUGGCAAAAGAAAUCAAAGAAGGGCAAUCUCAUCUGACAACCAGAGUAGCAGGCACUCAUGGGUAUUUGGCCCCUGAAUAUGCACUUUAUGGGCAGCUAACUGAGAAGAGUGAUGUCUACAGUUUCGGGGUAGUUGUUUUGGAGAUAAUGUGCGGGAGAAGGGCCCUUGAUUUGUCAGCUUUAGGUUCCUCUACGACUGUUUUAAUAACAGAUUGGGCAUGGUGUUUGGUUAAAGAGGGAAGAUCAGAAGAGGUUCUUGACUCUUUGUUGUUGAGAGAGGGGGAUAACUUGGAGUUAAAUCCAAGGGGAAUUAUGGAAAGAUUUGUACGAGUUGGUAUUCUGUGUGCACAUGUUAUGGUUGCAUUAAGACCUACAAUAUCAGAUGCACUAAAAAUGUUGGAGGGUGAUAUUGAAGUUCCUCAAAUUCCAGAUCGACCUAUGCCUUUUGGACAUCCAUCUUUCCAUAGAGAUUACAGCAUAUCACCGGUCUUGAGUGGCCUGCAUUUAAAUUCUGGUGAGAUGCUUAGGUAAAUAACAUCUAUUUUGCUGCAUAGUUGAUGAACCAACCUUGUACAAAACAAAAACAAACAUACAAGGUAUGUCUUGAUUCUGUAAAGAUAACAAAGAUUGAAGCUUACUAGCGGAUUGCAAAUGUUAGCAGAUAAAGCUCCAUCAGCGGUAUCAUGUAUUAUGUAGUAUAAUUUUCAAGUUGUGAAAUAGAACUUUACUCCCAGUGCCUGACCUGCAUGUUUUCUGAAAUAUAAGAUUUCUGUUUAUUCCCAUUAUUAGCUAUUA